AUGUCCAGCCACUUUGGAGAGAUGCACUUAAUUGUAAAUGAUAAUGAAAAUGAUCCUAAUCUAUUAAUUCAGAGGAACCAUCUUAGUGUUUUUUCAGUGGUUAACCCACUCGCUUCAAGUAUAACUUCCAGUCUGGCCUCCAGUGUUGGAUCAGAUAGUUCAUCUCCUACAACUGUCUCUUCUGUCAGUGCCAAAGCUCUCCCAUUCUAUUCUGGCAGUAACACAGUUGAAUCGGUAAUAGGUUCUGCUUUAGAUUUGCGUUUUAAUGAUGUGAACGUCGCAUCCAUAGAUAGAGAAUUAGAAGAUCAAGAAAGCAGUGACCUUGGAUUAGCAAGUCAAAGAUUACUGGGAAGUUCAGCACCUGUCAAUAUUCCAGGUUCUCUUGUUCGUUCCUCAUCUUUACAUUCAUCAUCAUCCCUUUCAACCUCUCCACUCAGUUCUCUUUCACAAUCACUGUCUCAGUCUUUUGUUUCAUCCACUACGGCUCCUCACCACCAGCAACCUCAGCCUUUGAAGACAGAACAUAGUAUGUUAGGCACCUCAUCCUCUCCUCACAGCUCUUUAGGUUUGAAUGGUGUUACAGGGAGCAUUUGGGACUUUAUAACUGGGAAUUUCUCUCCUAGUCCAUCCCCAGUACUAAGCAGUGGCACUACUCCCUCAAUAAGUUCAAACACCAGUGGGAACGAACUAACUAGAGUUAGACAGGAACUUGAUGAUGCCAAGAGAAAACUAAAACAAUGGGAAGAAUCUUGGCAACAAGUAAAACAGGCAUGUGAGGCAUGGCAGAAAGAGGCUCAAGAAGCAAAAGAACGUGCUAACAUCGCAGAUGCGGACAAGCAACUCGCUCUUCAGAAGAAGGAGGAAGUGGAAAAUAACUUAAAAAAGCUGAAGGUGCAAUUAGCUGCUUGUCUAUCUACUACAUUACCUUAUAUGAAAAAUUAUGGAGAUAUAGAAAAGAUAUCCUUGCCAAAGCUUCGUUCCUUACAAAAUCGGCUGCACUUAGAUUUAGAAACAAUAGAUGAGGUGAUUUUUCAGCUUCAGUCAAAGAAGUGUGUUGUAUGUCAGGAGGGUGAUCGUAGCAUUAUCCUGAAUCCAUGUCAACAUUAUGUACUUUGUGAUCACUGUGCAGCUGCACAAGAAGAAUGUCCCUGCUGCAAGAAAAAAAACCACCUGUG